GUCCACUUCCUCAAAUAUAUCUUUACAAGAAGAUCCAAAAGUAAGAAUACGUUCUUUCUAAGUGGAACUAUAGACAAUGAAUCCAGAAUGAUGCUGCUGCUGAUCCUGUUGUUGAAUAUUACAGUUUCAGUGUCAGGUAUCCAGAACCUGAAAAUGUCAUGCAGUCAUGAGAAGACCUGUGCUCUGAGGGACUCAUCUGUAAACCUGAAGUGCUCUUACUCAAAUAUCAACAUCAUCACUGGAUUCUGGUUCAGCUUCAAGGACAAGGCUAAAUGGAGGGAGGAGGAACAGCCAGAGGAUUUAGCUUUAGACUCCGACUACGCCGGACGUGUGAACUACACAGAGAUGACAAACUCAAGAUCGACUCUUACAAUAACAGAUCUGAGAGAGAGAGACGCGGGGGAAUAUCGCUUCAUGCUCAUUACGGAUAAAGGAGAGAAAUACGUGAGCUCAGCUGGAGUUACUCUGACAGUUACAGAUCUGCAGGUGAUCCGUGACUACAAAAAUCAAGCUCUAAUCUGCCACACUUCCUGUCAUCUAACCUUUGCUGCUAAUGUGUACUACUGGUACAAGGAUCAACAAUACAUACAGGAUAACAAAGACACCCAGGGAACUUUCCCUUUAAGCAAUGAUGAAGAAGUCAGUUACUCCUGCUCUGUUCACGGCUAUAAUGAGAUUCGAGCUCCUUCUCUUUGUGUUGGAAGGAGCUGUAUGAGGGUGACCUACCCAGACAAGAGAGUCUGUGUUUUGGAAGGGUCUUCAGUGGAAAUUGCUGGAAAUUACAUGCUUUCCAGUGGACAGAGUGUUAAAGAAGUAUUCUGGCAUUCUUCUAAGGACUUCAAGGACCUGAUGCAUGAGUUUACUAAUCGAGUUGAAUAUGUGAAGCAAGACAGAAACUGCACUCUGAAAAUGAACCAGCUGAGAAAGAACGAUUCUGGAGAAUAUCGGCUUAGAGUAGUUUAUACAUCUAACCGAUUAUCUGGUAGACCUGGAGUGGUUCUUAUUGUUACAGACCUGCAGGUAAGACUGAGUCACUAUGCAGGGUCAUCAGAAGAACGGACGACAGUAACGCUGAGCUGCAUCACGUCCUGCACUCUGUCCAACAGCCCCACUUACCUGUGGUACAAGAACGGACAGCCUGUUACUGAUAAACUCACCAAACACAACAAACUCUACCUCUUCUUCAGCGAAGAUGCAGGGAACUACUCCUGUGCUGUGAAAGGACGUGAGGAUCUUCGCUCUCCUGAACAAACUGUUAGACAGAACCAAGCUGUAGUGUGGAAGCUGUAUGCUGUAUGGGGAGCUGCUGCUGCACUUGUUCCUGCUCUGCUUCUCUCUCUUCUUAUCACCGUCCUGUGUGUUAAGAGGAAGAAAAGAGCAGAAAGAGACACUCAGUGUGUUCCAACGCCUGGAGAUGACACAUACACAGCGCUGAACCUCAUGACUGUGUCCCCAGAAUAUGACACACUGCAAAAUAUUAAAAGCUCUGCCAGUGACACUUACACCACCCUGAACCCUGCAACCAUGUGCUCUGAUUAUGAUACACUGAGGAAGUGAAACAACCUGCAACCACAGUCUCUGGGAAUAUUUAAACAUUUCCUCAGUCCUCAGUCCUCAGCAUUUGUUAUUUUUAUUAUGUUUAGUUUUUUUUGUUUAUAUGUUUAGUCUUGUAAACUAGAAUAAAAUGAUGAUAAAGUAAGGAAUACACACCUCCCUGGACAGAAAUUUUAUUUUGCCUGAUGUUUUACUGUCCAAUGUUUAAAAUCUUUCUAUGUACAAGAAUAAAAUUGAGCUUAUGGGCAUUUUGGCAGGACAGAAUGAUGUACACUUUUGAAAUUAUAACUGUGUUUUUAUACAGCAGCAUCUUAAAGUGUUAAAAAAAUAAAGGUUGCAGAUGUUGUCAAGACCACUAGCAGAUCAAGUUCCUCUCUGGCAUCCACCAGACUCAACACCAGGCCCUUCUCAAGCAGAAUGUAGAGGAGGAGCAGCACUUCAAGUCUUCGCCAGCUGGGGACGCCGCUCCACUAUGGAGUUUCUGUGGAGGAUGUCGCUCUGCAUCUCGGGUGUAAGACGCUUCCCUUACGUCUCAUGUACGUGUCAGAUGCCACUGUAUCCCCAGGAUCUGGGGCACCACUGUAGACUGCAGUUAUGAACUAUGUCAUGCCUUGGAUCUCCCCUCUUGGACUGCACCUGCCAUCUAUGCCUGGGUCGUCCUUCAGAUAUGCUGGAGGCGCUUCAGGAGCCGUGCCUUAGAGGGGGGACUAUGUCAGGAACCACUGGAUAGUUCCCUGCCAGGCCUGGAGAGGGUGCUGGCAGGUGAUUCUAUGAAGCCUGCUUUAUUGUGUGUAUUUUGUGCCACGCCUUUCCUAUUGUUCUCGUUCCUGCUGUUUCACCUGUUCUCUAUUAGCCUUAAUGUUUAGCCCUAUAAAUAGGGAUCCUUUUGUACCUGUCCUUGUCGGCUAUUGUUCUAUGUUCAUUGCUUUGUAUGUUAGGUUUUGUUUUGUUAGCGUUAUGUCUAAUGUUUAGGUUAAUCUUCCCCAAGUCUCGUGUUUAUGUUAAUAAAGCAGCACUUAUUUGAAUCCUGCAUCUGGGUCUGUCUCCAUAGCGUGUCGCGGCGCUCAGCAACCACAGAGAUCCGGCAUGUUACAGCUGUAUUAUCUGUUUUACUCUCUUUUUUUAUUUUUUUUUUCACUAAAAGUGCAUUUUAUUUAACUGAAAUAUAGCAUGAAAGGUUUUUUUUGGUAGGAAAUAUUAUCAAUGCU